AUGAUGGGAGCUCCCAACACCAUGGGCCCACCCGCCGUCACGCCUCGCAAGGCACCCACCACCCCAUCCCACAAUGCACACAACUCUUUUGCCUUUGGUGUCACUCCCCACAAAACACCGCUUCGGACUCCAGGCGGAUCUAAGAUCGAACAGACCUCGUCCACUCCCAUCAUCGACUUCAACGCGAUCGAAUCCCAAAAAGAAAACGUGCAGCCUCUUGCUAAGGGGAGAUCAGCACAUGCGCUCUCCAACACCCUCAACAUGCAGCACAAACAGCGUCAGGCGUUGCUCGCUCAGCAGCGCGCACAACAUGAGCAGCUCGUUACUUCAGAAGACAACGCAGACUCGGAUGAUCCUCUAGAUGCAUGGACAAAGUACGUCAAGUGGUGCAUCGACAACUAUCCAUCCGGCCAGACGCACGAGUCCGGCCUCAUCCCCCUUCUCGAGCGAGCAACACGCCACUUCAAGGACUCCGAGCAAUACACUCACGACCCGAGGUAUCUUCGCUUGUGGAUCCUCUACGCACGCAAUGUAGAGUGCGCUCGCGACGUUUACAACUUUUUGCUCGCCAACGAGAUCGGUACCAAGCUCGCCAGCCUCUACGAAGAGCUCGCUGUCGUCCUCGAGGGUCAACGGAUGUACGAAGAAGCAGAUGCGAUCUACAAGCUCGGAAUUGCGCGUAGAGUCAAUCCCAUCGAUCGCAUCAAGCGCAGGUACGAAGAAUACAAGACGCGCAUCAUUCUCGGUCAACAAGCUAUGGCUGAAUCCGAGGGCUCUUCGACCUCGGCCAUCGUCUCCAACUACGCCGAUGCUCUCAAAUCUGCCAUGGUCACCGCAGGCCGAAGCAUGCUCGGCGAAAAAGAGGCUUCUGCCGGUCCUGCUCGCAGUCACUCUGCCAACGUGCUGCGAGGAGCGGGAGCGAGCGUCGGCGCCAUCGGUGCUAGCACUCCCACACCAUCCAACAACAACAACGGACGUAAACUCAACGUAUUCCACGACGAGGAUGAUGAACGUGCGGCACGAUCCAAGCCUCAGGGUGCGAGCACGAAAGGCUGGGAGGAUAUCGGCACCGUCGCCUCGCGCAACCAGGAGAACGUUCAGACUGAUCGCUUGUCUGGCAUCAACAACUUCAAGAUCGGCGUAUCCGGUGGUGUCUCCAAGAAGCCCGGCUCUGGUCUUGCCGUCUUUAAGGAUUCUGACGACGACGAUGAUGGUGAGGCUGACGAGGUGCCAUCCACUCCUAAACCGGCGGGCGUGCUUAGCCCCAAGGAUCACCCCGCCAAAUCCGCUGCCGGUCUUGGCCGCAAGGCACAAUCGAGCGAGACUGACCUGCUGCGAAGCAAUCCCUUUGCUUACUGGGGAAAAGAGGCAAAACUCGUCCCUGAUCCGGGUAGCCUGCGUCCCGCUGCAGCGGAGUCGCACACUUCUCGAAAAGUCUCGAGUUCGAGUACAGGCUCCAACGGCGAAAGACAUCGCACAAAGACUACCGUCUCCCGCUCAGCUCAGCCGGGCACAUCGUCGAGUGCAUCAGCGUCUAACUCGGCUGCAGCCGCCGCAGCUUGGGCCAAGCGCGAGAAACACGCCGCUCCCGUCGAUCAAAUGUACCCUGCCUUUCGAUCCGGCGCGCAAAAGGCGUUUUACAAGCAACGUGGCUGGCACCAUGAAUUGACACUGGAAGAGCUCAUGGCUAGGAAAAAAGGCUUCGCUGCUGCUCCAGAAGAGUGGCAAGAUGCUGCCGACAAGGUGACGGCGGAUCCGUGGUCUUACCUCGAUCAACUGGUCGGACGCUGGCUUCCUGAAGACAAGGUGACAUCGGGAUCUAAGGGUCCGUUCGAGAUGGAGCCAACUCAGACGGUCAACAUCGAUCAGACCACCGGCAUGUUCCCCUCGAGAGAUGUGUUCGACCCAGACAACUCGGUCGCCAACGCCGUCGCCCUCAACCUCCGACCAGGUGGCAAGAAGAAGAAGAAGCGCGAAGGCGAAAACACCACCACCAAACACAGAAUGAGCCCUACGCUCGUCACCAAGGCUGCCGUGCUCGAAGUCGAAAACAUGUUCAACGGCGACAGCGACUCGGACGAAGAAAGCAGCGAGGAUGAGGAUGAGGAUGAGGAUGAUGAGGACGACGACCACGACUACAUCGCCUCGCUGGCAAGCGUCUCGAGACACGGCCAUAUGGCUGUCAGCCUCGGCUCUUCUGCCGAUGUGCCUCCCACACCAACCCCCUUGUCGCGAUCCAACCACCUCGCCAGGCUCGGCGUGCAGAACGACGAAAACGCGGGCAUCCAAGCGACUCCUCUGCGAACGCAGGACGGGCAAACACCGCGACUUGGACUCGGCGGCGCAACGCCCAUGCGAACUCCACUGGCAUCCAAGUCUACCGUCGCUACACUCGGUUCCAAGCCUGUGUACCGCGAAGAGGAUGAGGACGACGAGGAACAAGAGGAGCUUCCGGCCACGGUCGACUCGGAGCGAGCUGAGGCGGUUUUCGCAUCUGCUUCGCCGGACCAUGUUUCGACGUUCAAGUCCGAAGAGGCGGUUGCGGUGGCACCUGUGCCGGCGACCCCCAUGCCUUUCAACAGACAAUCUGCAAGCCGGCGCUGGAUCGAGCCCAUGGCGGAGGAGGAAGAGGAGGAAGAGGAGGAAGAGCAAGGAGCAUUCGCAGCGGUGGACGAGAAUGGUGAACCCAUCGAAGGCCAGGGUAUGGAGUACGAGGGCAACGAGCACCUCUUCCGACCCCAAUUUCAGCCGCUGACGCCCAUCACGGAGGCUACGUACGAAUUCACUCGCUACACCAACGCUCGCACUCCGGGUACAGCGACGCGAUCUGCGAUUGGCCCUGCUCUCAAGUCCUGGCGCCCAUCCAAUCGAGACGACGACGAGGAUGGCGACGAGGAAGAGCAAGACGUUCCAGGCGCCAUCCUCACUGCGGGCCCUAUCGCCGCGGUCGCACGACACGAAAAUGCCGACGAACAGCGCUAUGCCGACGACUCGCAGCCUUCGGACGAGCGUAGCUUUGCCUCGUCCUCGGGCGAAGACGCCAACCGUUCUGCGUGGAAUGCCGACAACAGAGCGUCGUUUGAGCUGACAAAGGGUUUGACUAUUCGGUGCGCUGCUCCCGAGGACGACGAAGAGCAGGACGGCGAGCUUGAGCACGAACGACGCGAGAUGCACGAGCGGUUCGAGGAGUCGCUCGUGAUGCAAGAGGGGGAGCAGACGGACGAGUUCAACCCACCCAACCCUUGCUCGCCCGUGAACCCUGACGUUCUCAACGCGAUCCUUGCCCGCCUCGAGGUGCCCAUCGAGAGCAUGCCCGGAGUUGUUAGUCUCGCCGAUGCCUCUUGCGGUAAUUUGGUCUCGGAGCUGCAAAAGCGAUGCAAAUCGAGCCUGGCAUCCAACCAAAUGACACGCAAGAGUAUGGGCGGUACCGUCUUCCACGGCACGGGCAUGCUCGCAUCGCCCUUUGAGGUCGACAUCGGUGGUCACCCGUUCGAGAUCCGUGGCAAGCUCGGUGAGGGAGGAUAUGGCGCUGUGUACUUGGGCUAUGACGUGGACUCUGCUGCCACAAAUGUCGCACAGGAACGCAGCAACGAUGAGGACGGCUCGGACGACGACGACGACGACGACGAUGAGGACGAUGAAGACCGCCGCAAGCAGCUCGCGAUCAAGGUCGAGACACCUGCGAAUCGGUGGGAAUUUUACGUCCUCUCUCAGCUGCAGUCCCGUCUGCCGGCACCAGUGGCGCGGUCGAUCGUCUCUGCGCGCAAGCUCUACUGCUAUGAGGAAACGUCGUUCCUGCUGCUCGAUUUGGGCGAAAAGGGGACGUUGCUGGAUGUCGUCAACCACUCGACCACGGCUGGUGUCGCCGCUGCGGGUGCCGACUCACCCAGUGGACUGGAAGAAGUACUAGCCCUGUUUUUCGUCACCGAGCUCGUGCGCGUGAUCCUCGACAUGCACCGCGCUGGCAUCAUCCACGGCGACCUCAAGAUCGACAACUGUCUGCUUCGACUGGGUGACGUUUCGCCCGCCAGCAGCUGGUCCAACAUCUACUCGCGUGACGGUGUGUCUGGCUGGUCUGAAAAGGGUCUCACGCUCAUCGACUUCGGGCGAGCGAUCGACCUGCACGCCUACCCGAACCCGGACACGCAGACGUUCAUCGCCGACUGGCCAACCGACAGCAAGGACUGCUUCGAGAUGCGUGCCGGCCAAGCAUUUACUUUCGAAACCGACUGGUUCGGCAUCGCUGCCGUCGCACACUGCCUACUCUUCGGUCGGUACAUGGAGACCAAGCACGAUCCCGCUACAGGUCACAAGAUCGCCGCGAGCUUCAAGCGGUACUGGCAGACUCAGCUGUGGACGUCGCUGUUCGACGUCUGUCUCAACCCGCCUAAAAAUGAUGCGGGAAUGGCGGACAGGGACCAGGUGCUCGCUCAGCUCGAGACGUGCUUGGAGGAGAUGCAGGCUUGGCUGGAGGCCAACUCGAACAAGGGCGGCAAGAACUUGAAAGGGUUACUGCGCAAACUCGAGAUCUGGGCCAUGAAGCAGGGCCAUUGA